ACUUUUAUUAUGCAAACCAAGUCCCACUCAUUUUAUUUUUACAAAUUGCAAUAAAGCCCCCUUUGAUAAUCCCAAGAUGAUCACUUCCAAAAAAAAGUGAUUCCUUAAUCACUAAGACGCAAGGGUAAUUCAGUCAUUUCACAUGGCACGAUCUCGAUCACUAUAUCAAAAGCAUGCAAACACAACACCCUUAUUCCAAUGAACUUAAAGCCAACACUAAAAAAAAAAGCAUAAAGCUCACCAUUCAUCAAAUUAAACAAAAGCAAAGCAAAGAAAAAAAAUCACACACACUACACACACUAAACACACACACAGUAUUCACACAUGUACAGAUUCAGUAAUACGGUGAUAGGGUUUCUGAACCUCUUCACCCUGCUCGCGUCGAUUCCGAUAAUCGGCGCCGGACUAUGGAUGGCGAGAAGCAGCACCACCUGCGAGAGCUUCCUCCAAACGCCGCUUCUGGUGGUGGGCUUCGUCAUCCUGAUAAUCUCACUCGCCGGUUUCAUCGGCGCGUGCUUCCACGUGGCGUGGGCACUGUGGGUGUACCUUGUCAUCAUGCUCUUCCUCAUCGGAGCACUGAUGGGCCUUACCGUUUUCGGGUUCGUCAUCACCAGCUCCGGCGGCGGCGCCGCCGUGCCGGGCCGCGCGUACAGGGAGUAUCACCUGAAAGACUACUCGCCGUGGCUGAGGAAGAGGAUCGAGGACCCGCGGUACUGGGUGAAUAUCAAGAGCUGCAUAUUGGGGUCGAAGACUUGCGCGAAGGUUGUUCUGUGGACGCCGUUCGAUUACCUGACGGCGGAGAUGACGCCGGUGCAGUCGGGGUGCUGCAAGCCGCCGACGUCCUGCAACUAUGCGGCGGCGGCGGAGGCGGCGGCGCAGGAGGCGGACUGCUACAGGUGGAGCAACGCGGCGGGGGUGCUGUGCUACGAGUGCGAGUCGUGCAGGGCGGGGGUGCUGGAGGACGUGCGGCGGGACUGGCACAAGCUGUCGGUGCUGAAUAUAGUGAUGGUGGUGGUGCUCAUCGGAAUAUACUCCGUCGGAUGCUGCGCCUUCCGGAAUGCUAAGCGGGCGGAGACCGACUACCCGUACGGGCACAACCGCAUGUCCAAAGUCCGACCCAGAUGGGAUUUCCACUGGUGGAGAUGGUUGGAUGACAGAAGGCACCAGCUUUAUUAGCUAAAGGUGAUCACUCUUUUAUUUCUUUUAAUUAAUUAAUUAGUGUAUGAUCAAGAUGCACAAACUAAAUAGUUAUAUAAUAUAUGUAAGUUUUUUUUGUACAAGAAAAGUUGUUACUUUAUUUUGAAUGUCAUUGUAGCAGCUUAAAUUGCCUAAAAUCUACUUUUAUUUAUAGUGGUGCAUAUGUUUGAUUAUCUUAUUAUAAAAGAUAGUUUCAACUUUCUGCCAACACUA